AUGGCUGCAGGCAUUGUAGAUGCUCUAGAUGGAGAGGCACGGCGUGCGGUGGAGGCUGCGCAUCGGGAUCUGCUGGAAGUCCAAGCGGCCGAGUCUCGGAUGACGGGCAAGCGGGUGGCCUUGGCGGUGUCGGGCGGUGUCGACUCGGCGGUGGCGGCGCUCAUCUUGGCUUCGAUGCCUGUGGCGUCUGGGACGGGUAAGCUGGUUCCUGUCCAUAUGGCCAACUGGGAUCCGGCGGACGACGAGCUGGGGCGGUUCUGCACUGUUGACGCAGAUCGUCGCGAUGCCAAGGGCGUGGUUGAGGCGCUUGGUCUGCCGCCGCUGGUUGCUGUCGAUCUGGCAACCGAGUACUGGAACGAGGUCUUCCAGCCGACGCUUGAUGGCUAUGCCGCCGGCGAGACGCCGAACCCUGACAUGGCAUGUAACUCUGCGAUCAAGUUUGGCGCGCUGGUCGAGACGCUCCGCCACCGACUGGAGGGUGACGAUGUGGUGGUGGCUACCGGCCACUACGCGUCCUCGUCGCGCCUUGCGCCGGAUGGCUUGUGCUUCCUCGCCGAGGCCAAUGAUACAACCAAGGACCAGACGUACUUUCUGGCCCGGACGCGCCCAGAGCAGAUUCACGGACCAGAGGGUGAUGCCCUCUUUCCGCUGGCAGCCCUGCACAAGACCCAAGUCCGGGCAAUCGCCGCCAGCGUGGCGUCGCUGGCACACGUGGCCGCCAAGCGCGAGUCGAUGGGCAUCUGCUUUGUAGGCAAGCGCAAGUUUGGCCAGUUUCUGCAGCAGUACGUGCCCGACGCACCCGGCGAGUUCCGCGAUCUGACCACCGGCACCGUUCUUGGCCGCCAUGCUGGCGUUCACACCUUGACCAUCGGCCAGCGGGCCCGACUUGGCGGCUUGCCGAGGCCGAUGUACCUUGCUCGCAAAGACGUAGAGGCGCGCAUCCUGUAUUUGGUCGACGAGAGAGAGCAUCCCCUGCUCAUGUCGUCGUCGCUUCAGCUCGAUCAUGUUCUUGAUCUCGCGCCGGACCAUCCCGAUUGGGUCGCGGCUUUCGACGUCGGCGCCGAGCUCUGGCUCCGCACCCGCCACCUCGAUCCGCUCACACCGUGUAGCAUUGCCGGAACUCUGUCCGACUCCAAGCUGGCGUUGUCGUGUCGCACACCUGUUCGUGCACUUGCUCCGGGCCAAGUCGGCGCCCUCUAUGGUCCCGCUGACGACCUACACCAGGGGAUCGACCACCUGACGCCGACCAUGCUGGGCGUGUCGCCUAUGACGCGCAAGCCACUCGUGGCGGUGUGUAUUCUGGCUGUGGUCUCUGCCCUCUCGACCUCAUACAUGGUCUCGUCGCCAUCUUCAAGUGCCACCGCAAGCGGAAGUCAUGGCCAUGGCCCGGGCCUGGCACGGCCCGAGCACGAGUUGGCGCUUUGCAAGGCGCAGCUGGUGGCGGCAGCAGAGGCAUUGGCGGCAGCAGAGACAGCUGGCACAGACAAAGUAACGGGUUCGAUAGGUGGAACACUCGGUGGAGUUGGCCCGGAUGUCAUUGCAGACAUCGACGCAACGUACUUGGAGCAUGGCCGCCAGUUCCGGACUGAGCCUGCCAGUCUCGUGCCGGCCAGGCCGGACGACUACCCAAAGAUCUCGCUCGUGCUGCAAUACUUUAAGCAUCCGGAGAACGUGGAGGGCAUUGUGGCACCAUUGGCAAGCUGCCGUGACCAGCUGCCGUUUGGCAUUGAGCUUCUGGCCAACGUCGACUCGCAGGACGACGACGAUGUCGAGGCGUGGCGGGCGGUGGCCUCCGAGUGGGUUGUUCCGGUCUGGUCGGGCAACAUUCACGAGAUCCGCGGCUACAAUCGGCUGGGCCAUAUGGCACGUGGUGAGAUUGUGGUAUUUCUGCAGGACGACGACAUCCCACCGAGCUCGUGCCGCUGGCUGGUGGAUCUGGACUCUGUCUACAACGCCUUUCCGUCGCUCGCCGUUGUCGGGCUCAAGAAAGGCGUGUAUCGAGUGGAUCACAAGCGGUGGGCCGCCUCGCGCAUUCACUUUCGCACGCCAUGGCUCUCGCCGUGGGAGCCUGAAGCCAGCGAGGCCGAGCCCGAUCUGGCUGCGUUGGACGACAAGACCGACAAGAAGUUCAUCCACUUUCAGUUUAUGCUCUGGGUUGACUACGCGCCGUUUGCCAUUUCAAAGACAGCCUUUGAGCGGCUGGGCGGCGUGGACGAGACGUACUCGCCACCGGGUGAGUCGGGCAUCUUCUCGGACGUUGACCUUUGCUAUCGGGCAUGGCAAUCGGGCUGGCGGGUUGGCCAUAUGGAUGGCGGGUGGGGGCGGCGCAAAGGCGCAGCAUGGACCACCGACACGGUGGCCGGCAGAGAAUCGCGACGCAAGUCCGAACUCGCUAACCUGCCGCGGCUCGAGGCUACGCACUACAAUCGUUACGUUCUCGACAUGCUCAGCGACCUCAUCCAGACGCUCAACGACGAGAUUCUGGUGCCGAUCCGACCAGGCGGCUGGUUCCGCGACGACUUUAUGUUUCAUGGUGAGCACCUGCCGCAGUAGCGUGGCGGCUGGUGCCUGUGUCACGGUUCAGGCACAUCGCAGACAGAGCAUGACGACAUGUCAGCCAGGAUGGACGAGCACGACGAGGACGGCGACGAUGACGACGGUGAGCGGCCUGUGCCGACUCCAGCAGCUGAGGCUUCCGCAUGUGGCGUGGCAAUCAUGACGUCUGGGUCCGAGAGGAUCGAGUCGGACGAUGAGUCGUCCUUGGGCGUUGCUCGGAACGGCUGCGGUUGUGGCAGCUGCGUUGGCGGCAGCCGCGGCGGAUUGGUCUGCUGCGGCGUGACACGGACCUGUAGGGAGAGCGAGUUGGAGAGAGCAGCUGACGACGACGAGUUGCUCAGCGCCUCGGCUGCGCCAGUGAUGGCGGGCUCUUGCUGUGGCGGUGGGGGAACCACGAUGGUGAUGCCGGGCCUGACUGUGGCGUCGCGGGCGUUGCCAGAGUGGCCGAGAUACAGCGUCUUGUCCCUGAGGAUGUAAAACUUGACGAGGGC